CUUUCUAUUCUUAAGAGUGAGAUGAUUAUCUCCCUCCGUGGUCGUCCACUUUCUUUGGAGAACACAUCUAUGAAAUAGUAAAAGGAGACACACGAGCCAUCGGAAUCAUCAGACUUUGGAAUGGGCAAGAACAGAAUGGUUCUUCUUGGAGGUGCUGGGUCUCCCGGUUAUAAAGGAUUUGUCCACCUAGGUUUCUUUGUUGUGGCUGUGAGCUCACUUCUCAGCGUCUCUGCUGUCACUCAGGCUCCUGAAGGAAGGAAGAAGGAACUGAGACUGGCCGGCGGUGAAAACAACUGUAGUGGGAGAGUGGAGCUCAAGAUCCACGAGAAGUGGGGCACAGUGUGCGGUAACGGCUGGAGCAUGAACGAGGUGUCCGUGGUUUGCCAGCAGCUAGGAUGCCCAACUUUGAUUAAAGCCCCGGGAUGGGCUAACGCCAGCGCGGGCUCUGGGGACAUCUGGAUGGACAAGGUUUCUUGCACAGGGAAUGAGUCAGCUCUUUGGGACUGCAAACAUGAGGGGUGGGGAAAGCACAACUGUACCCAUGAACAAGAUGCUGGAGUGACCUGCGCAGAUGGAUCUAAUUUGGAGAUGAGACUGGUGAACAGCGGGGACAACCGAUGCUCAGGAAGAGUAGAAAUAAAGUUCCAGGGAAAGUGGGGGACAGUGUGUGACGACAACUUCAGCAAAGAUCACGCUUCUGUGAUUUGUAAACAACUUGGAUGUGGAAGUGCCAUCAGUUUCUCUGGCUCAGCUAAAUUAGGAGCUGGUUCUGGACAAAUCUGGCUUGAUGAUCUGGCAUGCAAUGGAAAUGAGUCAGCUAUCUGGGACUGCAAACACCGGGGAUGGGGAAGGCACAACUGUGACCAUGCUGAGGACGUCGGUGUGAUCUGCUUAGACGGAGCGGAUCUGAGCCUGAGACUGGUGGAUGGGGUGUCCAAAUGUUCAGGAAGAUUGGAAGUGAGAUUCCAAGGAGAGUGGGGGACCGUGUGUGACGACAGCUGGGAUCGCCGUGACGCUUCUGUGGUGUGUAAGCAACUGGGAUGUCCAACUGCCAUCACUGCCAUUGGCCGAGUUAAUGCCAGUGAGGGAUCCGGACCAAUUUGGCUUGACAGUAUCUCCUGCGAGGGACAUGAGCCGGCUCUUUGGGAGUGUAAGCACCAGGAAUGGGGGAAGCAUUACUGUAACCACAAAGAAGACGCUGGCGUGACAUGUUCUGAUGGAGCAGAUCUGGAACUUCGACUCGUCGGUGGAGGCAGUCGCUGUGCUGGGAUGGUGGAGGUGGAGAUUCAGAAGCUGACUGGGAAGGUGUGCAGCCGAGGCUGGACACUGACAGAUGCCGACGUGGUUUGCAGACAGCUUGGAUGUGGCUCUGCACUUCAAACACAGUCUAAGAUCUACUCUAAAACCAAAACUGAGGCAACAAAUACGUGGCUCUUUCCUGGCUCUUGCAGUGGAAAUGAAACUUCUCUUUGGCAAUGUAAAAACUGGCAGUGGGGCGGCCUUUCCUGUGAUCAUUUCGAAGAAGCCCAAGUUACUUGCUCAGGCCACAGGAAACCCAGACUGGUUGGAGGAGAAAUCCCAUGUUCCGGUCGUGUGGAAGUGAAACACGGAGACACGUGGGGUUCCGUCUGUGAUUUCGACUUGUCUCUGGAAGCUGCCGGCGUGGUGUGCAGGGAAUUACAAUGUGGAACAGUCGUCUCUAUCCUAGGGGGAGCACAUUUUGGAGAAGGAAGCGGACAGAUCUGGGGUGAAGAAUUCCAGUGUAGUGGAGAUGAGUCCCAUCUUUCUCUGUGCUCGGUGGCGCCCCCACUGGACAGAACUUGUAGCCACAGCAGGGAUGUCAGCAUAGUCUGCUCACGAUACAUAGAUAUCCGUCUGGCAGAUGGCAAGUCCUCCUGUGAGGGAAGAGUGGAGCUCAAGACACUCGGAGCCUGGGGUCCCCUCUGCAGCUCUCACUGGGACAUAGAAGAUGCUCAUGUCUUAUGUCAGCAGCUUAAGUGUGGAGUUGCCCUUUCUACUCCAGGAGGAGCACAUUUUGGGAAAGGAGCCGGUCAGGUCUGGAGGCACAAGUUCCACUGCACUGGAACUGAGGAGCAUAUAGGGGAUUGCCCUAUGACUGCUCUGGGUACACCGAUGUGUUCUGACGGACAGGUAGCCUCUGUAAUUUGCUCAGGAAACCAAUCGCAUACACUGUUGCCAUGUAGUUCAUCAUCUUCGGUCCAAACAACAAGUUCUACCAUUGCAAAGGACAGUGACGUUCCCUGCAUAGCAAGUGGUCAACUCCGCUUGGUAGGUGGAGGUGGUCGCUGCGCUGGGAGAGUAGAGGUCUACCAUGAGGGCUCUUGGGGCACCAUCUGUGAUGACAGCUGGGAUCUGACGGAUGCCAAUGUGGUGUGCAAGCAGCUGGACUGUGGCGUGGCUAUUAAUGCCACUGGUUCUGCCUACUUUGGGGAAGGGACAGGAGAUAUCUGGCUAGACGAAAUUGACUGCAGUGGAAAAGAGUCUCAUAUCUGGCAGUGCCAUUCACAUGGCUGGGGACGCCAUAACUGCAGGCACAAGGAAGAUGCAGGUGUUGUCUGCUCGGAGUUCAUGUCUCUGAGGCUGACCAAUGAAGCCCACAGAGUGAACUGUACAGGCCGUCUGGAAGUGUUUUACAAUGGUACAUGGGGCAGUAUUGGCAGCAGCAAUAUGUCUCCAACCACUGUGGGGGUGGUGUGCCGUCAGCUGGGCUGUGCAGACAAUGGAACAGUGAAACCUACAUCUUCAGACAAGACACCAACCAGGCCCAUGUGGACAGAUAGUGUGCAGUGUCCAAAAGGAGUUGACACUUUGUGGCAGUGCCCCUCAUCACCUUGGAAACAGAGACAAGCCAGCCCCUCCCAGGAGUCCUGGAUUGUCUGUGACGACAAAAUAAGACUACAGGAAGGGCAUACAGACUGUUCUGGACGUGUGGAGAUCUGGCAUAGAGGUUCCUGGGGAACAGUGUGUGAUGACUCCUGGGAUCUUAAUGAUGCUGAGGUUGCAUGUAAGCAGCUGGGCUGUGGUCAAGCUGUGGAGGCACUAAAAGAAGCAGCAUUUGGUCCAGGAACUGGGCCCAUAUGGCUGAAUGAAAUGAAGUGUAGAGGGAAUGAGUCUUCCCUGUGGGAUUGUCCUGCCAGACCAUGGAGUCACAGCGACUGCGGGCACAAAGAAGAUGCUUCUGUGAAGUGCCUCCCAAGAAUGACUUUAGAAUCACAGCAUGGCACAGGUCAUUCAACCCUCACUGCACUCCUGGUUUGUGGAGCCAUUCUAUUGGUCCUUCUCAUUGCCUUCCUCUUGUGGACUCUGAAGCGACGACAGACCCAACGGCUUACAGUUUCCUCAAGAGGAGAGGUCUUGAUACAUCAAGUUCAGUACCAAGAGAUGGAUUCGAAGACGGAUGAUCUGGACUUGCUGAAAUCCUCGGGGGGCCGAUAAUUCAUAACCCACUGAGGUGAGUGAGAAUUUACUCAUCAUGAUUCAAAACAGGCACCCUCCUCUUAAGAUAGGCAACCCCUUAUAUUAGAAAGAAAAGAAUGCAUAUACAUGUAUGUUUCCAGAUGGAUGUACAUAUUUAUAAAUAUGUAUCUGUGUUCAAAUAUAGAUCAACUAUUUGUAAAUAUGACUCAACCAUUGCUAAGAUGUGUGUGCACAUGCACUUGCGUGUGUGUGUGUGUGUGUGUGUGUGUGUGUGUGUGUAUUUGUGUAUCUGCUUAUCAAGAACAUCCACAAGGCUAAGGAGAAGCAGGAUAAGUAAAUACUUUGAAAUGUUACAGGGAUCCUGUCAGGCAGUUAAAAACCUAUGUAUAAUUUAUGCUAUGACAGAGAUUAUACAAGACACUACAAAUGACAGAAAAUCCAUCUAAAAGAUUUAGGAAGCAUAUAAGAAGAUGUGGUAUUUAAGUUAAACUUUAAUUACGGUUGAAACAUAAACCACUUCAGGGAAAGGGUAUCAUACAUACAGACCAUGGAGACAGAGAUGACAGGUACACCUUGAGGAAACAGGCUUCCACUCGAAUGAACACAUCAUACAGAUUUAUACUAUGCUUCAGCAGACAUGUUUGGAGUCACAUUUUACAAACUGUCUUCCAUGAAAAAAGUUCAACCAAAAUUAUAAAAACUUAGUAGGUGAAAAGGCUAGAAAAAAAAUUAUUAAGUUUUACAUUUUUUAAAGAUGGUAAGAUGAGUUUGUAGGUACACUUUUCUGCUUUUUUUAUUUAAGUAAUUAAGGAAUAUAGUUUUACAUAAGUUUUAAUGAGACAAAGAGCAAAAAUAGAACUCUUGGAAAGUUUAUAAAGUAUAAAGUGUUGGGCUGGGUGUCGCUUGCGGGCAGAGCGUUUGUUUAGUUUGUACCAGGUUCUGAGUUUAACACCAACUCUAUAAUGAAAAGAAAGACAAAUACUCACACUGUGAAGUGUUAAUAUCCACAAAAUAUAUGGAAUUAUAUGUGUGUGCACAUAUGCAUGAAGUUCUUAAAGUUUCUACAGUGCACAAACAGUGAUUAGUGUUAAUGCAUAUCUAUGUACAUUCUACAUACAUGCACAUGUGUGUACAGUCUCUAAGGAACAGUUGAGCAAAGCUACAUAAAGGCUUUUUUCACAAAAUAAAUUGAAAUAAAAAUCUGAAAGCACUGGAGAGAUGACUCAAUAGAUAAUGUGCCUGCCACACAGCGAGAGGACAUCCUUAAAUUCAUAUACCAGAACCAUGUUAAAAAGCCAUGAGACCAGCACUGGUGGAGACAGGCCUGUCCCUGAGACUCAUUAGUGUCCAGCCCUAGCCAAAUCAAUAAGCUUCAGAAUCAGUGCCUCAAAACACUUUGUGAUGGAGAGAGUCGCAGGGAAGACACUUGGGUUUCCACACACAUGUGCACCCACAUGCACACACCCACACUAGCAAGUACUGACACAACUAAUAAAAAUAAACCAAUAAAUAGAAUGAAUGGAAAACUACUUCGUAAUGAGAUCUUGCUUCAUAUAAACCAGACUAGCAAACAUUUAAAACAGCACCAGGACACAUUACCAAUGAGAACUGAAAGCGGCCAUUUAAACCACUGCUGCUAGAAGACACACAACAGCCUCGAGAGAACAACCUACUGACCCCCGUUAGAGUGACACUGAAGUGACAGAGAGCUUUAUAAAUCCUCUCACUCCACCUGUGAACCUGUGCACAUCCUGCCCAUACAAGUAAAAAUAUUAAGACCUUUGUCAGACGGUGUCAUUCCACACUGUUACUCGGGGCCAAAAAGUAGAUAAAUAAAAAUAAAGCUAAUGUCAACUGACAGCCCAAUGGCUGGCAAACCUCUGGUGUAACUCUAAAGAGAGCAAUCGUCCACAAAUGUUAGCAUGAUCCUGCUCAAAUAAAAUGUUUGUAUCAAUGACUGAAUACACUUCUGUAUAGGUAGAAAUACAAUCUGAACUACAUUAUAGACAGGGAUUCUGCAAACAAAAACUGACCCAUAGCCUCAAAGUACAUUAACAUUCCUGAUGUGACAGAGCCUUCUUACCCAGCAACCACCGUGAGACUGCUGCUGCAGGAUCACAGGGGUGUGGCCUUUUGGAAUGGCAUCAUUUUCUUUUCUUGGUUUGUUUUGUUUUGGUUUGGUUUGGUUUUUUUUUUUUUUUUUUUUUUUUUGCUUUGUUUUGUUUGAGGCAGAGUGUUACACUGUAGUCUAGGCUAGCUUCACACUCACAAUGUAGACCAGGCUGGUUUCACACUCAGAGCAAUCCUCCUGUCCCAGCCUCAUGAACUCUAGGCUCACAGGUGGCUCCACUAUGUCUGACCUUUUUAAAUGCCGUUCCUUGAUAUCACUGUCCCACCACGGAACAAAGUGAUUUCCACGUACACCAAGGCUCAAAUUUCUUUGCACUUAAUUCUCUGCUCAGCGAAGGUAGUCUGUAUUGUUAUACAAAUGAGUUUGGACAUGCAUGGUAUAAUAUGAUGCAUGCUUCUGUGUGAAGACAGAAAUGACCUUUUUGUACUUAUGGGUUAGGUUGGCAUUUAAGAAACCUUGACAUGACAGCCAGCUAAAUGGACAAGAGCCCAGUCCGUGCACGGAUGACCACAGCUACAUCUUCACGCUGUCCUUUGUUUGCUGGCACUCUACUGAACCUGCAGAAGCCAUGUUUGUGAAUGUGACCACUGAAUAGAUAUGGGAGACUUUCAAGGGUAUUAAAUAAACGAUAUUGUUAUUGAUUUGAC